CCGUGGCACCAGGUUUGCGUGGCCUGUCUGCAUCACCUGCGCCGUGCGAAGCCUCUGAAUCGCUUUUUGCUCCUCCUUUUCUUAAAAACUACCUUUUCAUUGUAGACCUUGCCUUCCAAAGGGAAUUAGGAAAUUUGUCUUUAUUAGGGUUAAGUUGCAGCCUUUUCCAAGUCAAGCUAUCCGCUGUUGUGUGCAUUUGCUGCGCUGACCAGAGGAUCUUGAUUUGCGGCGGUUUUUUCUUUAUCCGCUGUUUCUCACAGGAGUGUCCUUGGUAUUUUAGCUAGGGAAGGGGAUGCUCUCUUAAAAAACAAGUCCUGUGAAAAGAGAAGGGUUUUUUCCUUGAUGUUCAGUGUCUCCAAUUCUUGAAAACCUCCUGAAAGUGUUUCCUCUUAUGCUGAUGUAGGAAUUCUUCCAGUUGCCUCUUCUCUCAGCAGCAGUGAAGGCUGGGUGUUUGCACCUGGAAUUGCCUUUCUCCAGUGCUGUGGGUGCUCCCGUAGGGCAGUGAGGCCCACGGCAUCCCAAGCUGAUGUUGGGAGGGUUCCAGCCUGGCUGGAGGCAGCUGAUAAGGCAGACUUGGACUUCCUGUAAGCAGUGGCUCUGGUGCUUAAAAUUCGAAGGAGAUGUUAAUGACGUAGGGCCACAGACUUUCACAGGUAUUUCUUGCAGCAGCUGAGGACAGGUGGAAGAAAAUAAAGAUACUGAGGUCCAGCUGACGGUCAGAGAGGAGUAAUUUGGUCUCGGGGUUAAUUGGCAGUUUGCUGUGGGUUAUCAUUGCUUCCUUCCUGUCCUGUGCAGGGUGUGGAACUGAGGUCAAACAGCCUUCCUCAUGAAUGGGAGAGGGGAGUGUUUGGGAAGCUCUGUGCUCAAAACGGGAGUGCAGCCGGACGGGGCUGAGGAGUUGAUGUCUGUGUGCUCGGGUUGCUGCUGGCUGGUCUCUGCUGGCUGGUGCUGCUCGGUGCUGGUUGGUGUCACUGCCCUGGGCAGGAGGCAGGUGUGCCAGCAGUGAAGCUGCAGUUCUGCCUGAGGCAGAUACGGAGCAGCAGAAGUAGGUCAGGUGCUGAACGCUCGCAGUCAUCUGGCAGGACAAACACAGCCUAUGAUACGUACAGCUAAUCUUUCUGCAGUGUUUUUAACUGGAACUGUAAGAUAAAGACCUCUAUUUACUGCACGCUGUUGGAUUUCUGCCAUGUGUGUGUUUUUGUGUUUUGGUGCUCUCACAGCCUGCUCCAAAGCACUGCAGUUAGUACAGCUACUGAGUGACAAUCUGGCUGCGGUCGCUGUCUGAGUGUGGGGAGGCGUCCAGGUGUGGUUGUGUCAUGAGGAUACGAGGGAAAUGGGUUCUGCUGGAAACUGGAGCUCGGCUGUUGCCUCCUGAGGAUGGCAAAGCUGUUUGAGGAGAAGCUUUUCAUGUUGACCGUGUGCAUCAGUGCUGUGAAGUUGGAUCCAGGUUCCUUUCAGAGCGGUGAAUCUGCUCUGCUUCCUGUGAACUCGGUAUUUUUGUCUUAACAGCACAUCAUUGGAGCUGAUGUCAGGAUGCCAUUACAGCAUGGCGAGUCCUGCGAAGGACAACUAUCGAAUGAAGUGCUACAAGAACAAAGCCCUCAAUCCUGAGGAAAUGCGUCGGAGGAGAGAAGAGGAGGGAAUUCAGCUGCGCAAACAGAAACGAGAGCAGCAGCUCUUCAAAAGAAGAAACGUGGAAUUAAUCAGUGAAGAUGCAUCCAUGUUUGACAGCCUCCUCAUGGACUCCUAUGUCAGUUCCACGACGUGUGGGGAGGGAGUGAUCACAAGAGAGAUGGUAGAGAUGCUUUUCUCAGACGACCCUGAUCUUCAGCUAGCAACCACACAGAAAUUCAGGAAGUUACUUUCUAAAGAGCCAAAUCCUCCAAUAGAUGAAGUGAUAAACACUCAAGGAGUGGUGGACAGAUUUGUGGAGUUCCUGAAGAGAAGCGAGAAUUGCACACUACAGUUUGAGGCAGCGUGGGCACUGACGAAUAUUGCAUCAGGAACUUCCCAGCAGACAAAAAUAGUAAUUGAGGCCGGGGCAGUUCCUAUCUUUAUAGAGCUGUUAAACUCUGACUUUGAGGAUGUUCAGGAGCAGGCUGUCUGGGCAUUGGGGAACAUUGCUGGAGACAGCUCUGUGUGUAGAGAUUAUGUCCUUAACUGCGCUAUCCUUCCUCCCUUGUUAAUGCUCCUUACAAAGUCCACCAGGUUGACAAUGACACGGAAUGCUGUUUGGGCCUUGUCAAACUUGUGCAGAGGAAAGAGUCCACCACCUGAGUUUGAUAAGGUAUCUCCCUGCCUGCCAGUGUUGUCCCGACUGUUAUUCAACAGUGACUCUGACUUGCUGGCAGACGCGUGCUGGGCUCUUUCCUAUUUGUCAGAUGGCCCCAAUGAGAAAAUUCAAGCAGUUAUUGACUCGGGGGUGUGUCGGCGACUGGUCGAGCUGUUAAUGCACAACGACUACAAAGUGGCCUCCCCAGCACUGCGGGCGGUCGGCAACAUCGUGACAGGAGACGACAUCCAGACCCAGGUGAUUCUGAACUGCUCAGCCCUGCCUUGCCUCCUUCAUUUAUUAAGUAGUCCCAAGGAGUCCAUCAGGAAAGAAGCCUGCUGGACCAUAUCUAACAUCACAGCAGGAAACAGAGCACAAAUACAGGCAGUCAUAGAUGCAAACAUCUUCCCUGUGCUGAUAGAAAUCUUGCAGAAAGCAGAAUUCCGUACAAGGAAGGAGGCGGCGUGGGCAAUCACAAACGCAACGUCAGGAGGAACUCCUGAGCAGAUCAGAUACCUGGUCAACCUGGGUUGCAUCAAGCCUCUUUGUGACCUCCUUACCGUCAUGGACUCCAAGAUCGUUCAGGUGGCAUUGAAUGGCCUGGAGAACAUCCUGAGGCUGGGAGAGCAGGAGGCCAACCAGAGCGGGACGGGCAUCAACCCGUACUGCAGCAUGAUAGAGGAGGCUUACGGCUUGGAUAAGAUAGAGUUCCUGCAGAGCCACGAGAACCAAGAGAUCUACCAGAAAGCCUUCGACCUGAUUGAGCACUACUUUGGAGUAGAGGAUGACUCUGCUUUAGCUCCCCAGGUAGAUGAGAACCAGCAGCAAUUCAUCUUCCAGCAACCUGAAGCCCCUAUGGAAGGCUUCCAGCUAUAAUGUGCCCCAGGCAAAAAGACCACCACAGAUUUGCCAGAAAGCAACUGGGAGAAGCUGAUUGUCCCAUUCCUUCUCGCACAUGGAAGGCUGAACACUCACUCCACCUGUUAGGAAACAAUUCUUCCUUCAAACAACUAGACAGAGUGCUUUAUCCUCAUGAAGAAAAUGGGAUGUCUUGCACGUUUUUUUCUUUUUGCUGCUGCAUACGUGUCUUUAAAGCAGGCAUCUGGGUGGAGGAAGGACACUGAGGUAACAGAUUGCACCUCUUGGGUUUUUUUUCUUUGUGGUGAUCUCUCCCAAAUGUCACUUCUUACCUCGGGUACUUAAUUGAGAUUUCAGCGUUGGGUUGGGUAAGAACAGAAAUAGAAAGUGAGUAUUCUGACAAGAAUAAUUCUGGAAACCUGGGUUGAUCUAUUUAAUUUUUUUGCACAUGUUACUCUUAUUAAAGACUCUAAUUUGCCAAGA